ACAGCCCAGGCAGUUACACGUUUUCCCUCCAGGAGCCUUCGUCGUCAUUGCGGGCUUGGGAUCCGAGACCGAGGGGUGGCCAUGGCCAGGCUGGCGCUGUCUCCUGUGCCCAGCAACGGGCUGGUGGUGCUGCUGAUGCUUCUGUCAGCAGGUGAGACUGUGUUCGCGGAAGCAAAGGACCAGCAACGGAUUUCCCAAGGAAGCACUUGUGGGAUCGGGCAGUACCCACGUUUCAUGGCCAAGAAGCGGGGCUCCGUGGUGAAAAUAAUUUGCCAGUUGGAGGUCACGGGCCCCGUGAGCUGGCUCUGGAAACAGGAUAUGGACUCGGAGCCCAAGGAACUGGCCGUGAAACCGGGACGCAUCCAGCAGACCCAGACCAGCACCAACGCCACCCUCACCAUUCACGACGCCCAGUUCCAGGACAACGGCAUCUACUUCUGUCAGCACAGAUGUCCGGACAAGUCCCUUCAGAUGGGCUGCGGCAGUGAACUCCGAGUCAUGGGGUUCAGCACCUUGGCUCAGCUGAAGCGGCGGAACACACUGAAAGAUGGCAUCAUCAUGAUCCAGACCCUGCUCAUCAUCCUCUUCAUCACCGUGCCCAUCUUCCUACUGCUGGACAAGGAUGACAGUAAGGCUGGGAUGGAGGAAGACCACACCUAUGAGGGCCUGAACAUUGACCAGACGGCCACCUACGAGGACAUAGUGACUCUGCGGACAGGGGAGGUGAAGUGGUCGGUGGGUGAGCACCCAGGCCAGGAGUGAGGCCAGCCCUCCCCAUGCCCCUGGGCACAGCCUGCUGGGCCCCAUUGACUGCUUCAGAGCCGCCUGGCUCCCAGUCCAUCCCUUUUUCCUUGGAUCCCCUGUUGGCCUCCAAAGCUGGCCCACCAGAUCUGCCUGCCCCUCCGGCCCCUGGCCCCCAGCUCUUGCCAAGGGGACUGGAGUGGAAGGGCCAUAGGUCAGUGAUUUGCAGCCGGGAGUUGUCUGGUGACAGACUGGGCCCAGCUUUCUCGGGGUGCUAUGCGGGGAUCCAUCCUGAGUCCAGGACAGGGAAGGCAUGGACUGGUCUGGAACCUGCAAAUGGACUCAGAGCAGAGAGCUUCCUAUGAAGCCUGGCCAGGAAUAGGCCACCGAGAGCUUCAUCCCUCUCCCACUCUCUGCCACUCUCUCCCGCCCCACGGGCUCCUAGCCUUGAGCCCAUUCUCCCAUGGAAUAAACAAUGUGUCUUAAGA